GUUUUGAGUUUUGCAGUGAUGCAACAGUGAGAAUGCAAAAUAUUAUCCUGUCCAGUAAAGCAGCAGAACAUUUUUGCUGAACUUGGCGUGGAUUGGAACUGCCUGACAGUUCUCAGGUUGGAAUCUCAGUUCUGGCCUUCCCGUUCCACUUUGUCAGUCCUGUGUUCUUCCAUCACAGUCUGGUGGUGCUACAAAAAAGGACAAACUCUGACUGCAACAGACAAUCAAAACUGCUGAAAGGAUUGUCGGUACCCCCCUACUCACCCUUGAGGACUUGCAUGCUGCCAGAACUAAGACAAGAGCGUGCAAAAUCCUCUCGGACCCUCCACAUCCCGGUCACCAACUCUUCAGCACCUUCCCUCAGAGCGUGCGAAUCAAACAUGGUUACUGCCUCCUGGAACGCCUGAAACAUGGCCCAUGUCCAGAGAGUGCAGAAGAAGACCAGCUGCAUGUCUCUGACCGUCACGACCUCAUCCUCUGCAUCGUCCACCAGGAAGCUCUCCACCAGCUCAUCUUCACCUUCCGCCAUACUCGCUUCAAAACACUCCAGCCUGGUGCAACAGCCUUGCGUCAGCCCUCAAAGGACAGAAAGUCCCAUCUACAAGGAACAUUCUGGAGUUGCUCCAACAUUUGUAAAGUGCCUCCAUGACGUGCGUGCGCUGAAGGGCCAGCUGGUGGUUCUGGAGUGUCGACUGAGGGGGACUCCUCCCCUGCAGGUCCUGUGGCGCAGAGAGGACGAGCAAAUUCUGGACUCUGACGACUUCAGGAUACUACGCAAAAAGGCCAGUUCUGCAUCAGUGCCAGAGGAGCUUUGUACACUGGUGAUAACUGAAGCUUUUCCAGAAGAUUCUGGUAUGUUUAAGUGCAUCGCCCAUAAUUCCUUUGGCAGGGUUUCAUGCUCUGCCACGCUGGACGUUUACAACGAUCUCGAGGAGCAGCUGGAGAUAGAGGCAAUUCGCCAGCAGGAAGAAGAGCGAUUCACCGAGGCAGAGUUCCAGCAUGAGAGCGCUCCUCUCCAUACUUGUGCAGACUUCCCCACUGUACUGCCCGACUCCAUGAUUGUUCCCCCACCCGACUUGCUUCGCAACGCCCUGGAAGACCAUGUCACAAGUGAAGUCGGUGGAGCUGUGCUGCUUGCGUGUUGUCGUCCUCGUCGAGGUCGCGAGCUCGUUGUCGCUUCUCUGCUGCCUUCUUCAAACUUUCAAGGAAAACGGUGCCGCGUGAUACCGAGUGUCCUCUCAACUUUAAACGCAAAGCUCCAAAGACAAUUUGCAAGGUUCCAAGAGCCUCUGCUGGUCAACCACUCUUCUGAAGAUCACUUCGGCCACAGUCAGGAGGAGUUAUCGCUGCGCUUAGAGGUCCGUCAAUCACCAGAAGUCACAGUCGACACGCCCAGUCCUCACCCUCCAUCUUCACCAGUACCUCCUGCACAAGUCAGAGUAAAAGCCCCAGCGCCCAAGCUGUUCACGCCAAACAAGCUCACUUUCAACUCCUCCCCGUCAGGAGGCAACGCUAUGAACCUGUCAGACAUACCGACUUUUAAGCCCGGUGCCUUCCCUCCCAGUGCCUUCAACUAUGCACGGCCAAGACACUUUAUUCAGUCACAGUCAACCUUCCAGGCACCCAGCUAUGAAAGUGUGAUAAGGGAGGCUCAGGAGAACCAGGUUAAUUCCCAGGAGAGCCUAAAGAGUUCCAAGCAUAGUUCAAGUGUUGCUGAAGUCCAAAGUCAAACUAAGAUGAGGUCUUCACAUAGCCAGUCAGUGUCAAAGUCCUUGUCUCACCCUCAAUCACAGUUUCAGUCACUGAGCCUGACGUCGAAUCAGACACAGCCCAAUGGGACAGGAAAGUCGUCUGCAUCCUCAUCCAGUGUCAGCUCGCCCAUUUCCACUUCCUCUGUUACGCCGCCUUCUUCUUUGCCACCCUCCUCUACGUCACGCGUGACCAUGCGCUCGACCAUAACCCUCACCCCCAGCACCCCAAGUGCCAGCGGUCUCGGCAGCGCCACUCUGCCAGCCAAUCAGGACGCCAUGUCGGCUCCCGCCGCCUACCUCUGCUCCGUGCUGCCCUCCCGGUCGUCUUUCUCCUCAUACUCAAAACUGUCCCCCAACUCCACCCUUCCCCGUUCCUCCACCUCCCCAUCCCGCUCACCACUAGCUCCUUCAAGCCCUCACCUUCCUAGAAAAGAAUCCUCUUGUCCUCAGCAGCUUCCUCCAUCGUCCCCUUCCUUCUCUCGCUCCAACCUCUCCCCAACCAUGUCCUCGCUCCCUCAGCCCAACACACCUAAUAGUCAGAACAGAGGGCCGCCUCCGGUAGUCUCCAUGCCCGCCAACUACAAGGGGACGCCUAGCACUCUUCCGAAGCCUGUCCUUAAGAAGACUGUAGUUUCUCGGCCGUCUUCCUCUCGCUCCACAGAUGAAGACAUCCAGGGUUCCAAAGAUGCUCUCAUCCAGGAUCUGGAAAAGAAGCUCCGAUCAAAAGAAGUGAAGAGAAGAAACAGCCAGAAACAUUCUUAUGAGGAGCGUAUGGCUCGAAGGCUGCUAGGUCCAGACAACGCCAACUGCAUGUUUGAUCAAGACAGUCUUUCAGACUCACAACUUGACCAGCCAGAUUCCCCAGAAGGAAGACACACUGGUGGGCUAUGGGGGAAGCACCACUGUGGGACAGAUGAGCGGGGGAAUGAGGGAUCAGCAAUACAGGAGAAAUGUUACGCCCCUCGCUUCAUGCAGAUCCCUCAAGAUCUCACUGUUGAGGAGGGUCGCUUCUGUAGAAUUGACUUCAAGGUUGGAGGACUCCCUACACCAGAUGUCUGCUGGUACUUGGAUGGGAAAGCGAUACGUCCAGAUGACUACCACAAGAUGCUCGUGUGUGAGAAAGGAAUGCACUCAUUCAUCAUCGAGAUUGUCACCGUGCACCAUGCCGGCGUGUACGAGUGUGUGGCCAGGAACCGUGCAGGAGAAAGCAGAUUUACCCUGAGGCUUGAUGUCAUGGCCCAGGAGGCUCUCCGCCCACCAACCUUUCUUCAAAAGAUGUCAAACUUGCGAGCUCUCGAAGGUGACACUGUGAGGUUAGAAUGUAAGGUGGAUGCGUCACCACCUCCUCAACUCUUCUGGAAGAAAGAUAAAGAAAUGCUACGCACUGACCCAGCCAGAAUGAGCCUGUACCAAGAUCGCUCGGGCGGGCAGUGUCUGUUGAUGGAGAGGGUGACCAAGUCCGAUGCGGGGUGGUACACGCUUUCUGCUAUCAAUGAAGCUGGCAUGUCGACAUGCAAUGCAAGACUGGAUAUAAGCUGCCGAGCAGUUCCACCCAUGAAAACAGCCCCCCCUGGCUCCCAAGCGUUGAAACUGCUGUCAUCUCUGAGCCACGUGCGCACCCUGGCAGCAGACACCCCCGGCCAGCACAGCGCCCCCAUAUAUGAGAGCGAGGAGCUGUAGAUCCUUUCAAAACACACAUGCACACCUCAGAACUGUCAAAGCACUGAUGCAGUAUUUUAGUUACUCCUACACUGCCCCAUCAAAAAAGUUAAUCUUCAGUCUUUAUGUUGUUCAUGUUGUUGCUGCAGUAUUCACUGUUUCGGGCCGAGGAGCUCAUGUUGGAUACGAACCUGUAAGCCUCGCAAGCCUUCCUGGCGUCACUCAGCAAAAUGGUGAGCCAAGGUCACUUACUGUAGGUUUAUUAAUAGUUUGUGUAGUUCCAGUCGGCCUCUUUUGUCCUGGCGGGCAAACCGUUUACAAAGAAAACAUUUUCUCAUCAGUCAGCUUCAUAAAGAACAUCUUGUGUGGAUUGCCUGAAGAAAGCUUGGAAUAUUUAACCUCAGCCUUUUGUCAACUUUAAAGACAAUCACUGUCUAGAAUGUGAACAUUAGCCUCACUCAUUACAGUACCCAUAAUCCAACAUCUAUGUGACACAGUACUGCACUUUAGUCAUCUCCUCUCCUUCAAUAUCUCGUGUCGCUGUACACGGAAAUGAUAUUUAUUGCAUUUUUGUCAUGCGAUUGACUAACCAUCAGUGUGUCACUAUCGCCACCAUUCAGCCUUUUGUUUUUAAAGUUGAUUCCUAAUAUUUAAUGGAUGUGAAUGAAGGCAUUUAUUUGAAUAUAUUGUGUUGCCUCUUGCCCUGCAAUCAGUCAAACAUUGAUACUCAUCCUUUACUAGAGCUAACAUUCACACCUUUUAAUACUUUUCCUUUUCCAAAUAUGAUAUAUAUAGUCAACAGAAUAUUACCUCCUGAUUUAAAACCAGGAAGUCCAGUAUAGGCUGCAGUCUGUAGGAACAAUCAUUAGUGAGCGUUUCUGCACUCGAUGAUAAGCUUGUGGUUCACUCGAGUACCAAAAUGAGACAGUUUGCUGAAAUGUUACACUGCAGGUAGGAGCGUUUUCUCUUAACUUUGUUGUGUCAAUUGUUUAGCACACCAGUGGAUGAAUGAGGAAUAAAGUCAUCAACUAAG